CGCGCACCACCACGUGACCCCGCGCCGGCCAACGGGCGCGCCAGGAUUUGGGGGAUAAAGCGCGGCCCCGCGAGCAGUUGCGGCGGGAGAGCGGCGUGCGGAGAGCGCGACUCGCCCGCCCCGGCGCUGCUCCUGCCCGCCGCGCCUUCCCGCCGCCGCGCAGCCAUGUCCGAGGAGAAGCCCAAGGAGGGCGUGAAGACGGAGAACGACCACAUCAACCUGAAGGUGGCCGGGCAGGACGGCUCCGUGGUGCAGUUCAAGAUCAAGCGGCACACCCCGCUCAGCAAGCUGAUGAAGGCCUACUGCGAGAGGCAGGGCUUGUCCAUGAGGCAGAUCAGGUUUAGGUUUGACGGGCAGCCGAUUAACGAGACAGACACUCCAGCACAGCUGGAGAUGGAGGACGAGGACACCAUCGACGUGUUCCAGCAGCAGACCGGGGGCGCGAGGGGGGCCAGCCGCCCGGUGGCCGUGGCCUCCAGAGGGACCGUCCUCCUCGUGCCGGCCGCCCUUCCUCGCGUUGCCCUCGAGUAGCGACCGCCACCGCCAGCCACAGAGGAGUCCGCGGAGCCUCGAGGGCGUUCACCAAAACGAUUUUCCUCUUUGACCUACUGCGAGUGGGACUCAGAACUGUGUCUGUGGGGACGGAUCUGCGACUUAACCUGGGCCAAUCAGAACCCUUAUCUCUGUUCAGGAGCAAUGAGUUGCCGGGUUUUGGGGGUUUGUUGAUGUUUUCAUUUCCUUUCUUUUUUUCCCCCGCCUCCUGUAGCAUUUUUGUGCCCCAGAUUUGUGGCCUGCAUAUUCGCUUUUAGUCCGGGGACGGGGACUUGCUCCGGCGUGGCCCGCCCCUCCAGCGCCGGCUCGGAUCACCAGGCGCCGGCUGCACUCGGCGUGGGUGUGUCCGGCAGGUGUCCUGGGGCGGUGGGGACGGAAGGCGGAGUGUCACCUGCUAUUUGUCGUAGGCACAGGUUACGAAAACGCUAAAUACUGCGAAUUUGAGCUUUGUCAGCAUGCGAUGAGGCCGAGGGGAAAAUACUGGACUGCUUCUUAAAAAGUAGAAAGUAACAGCCCUCUGGCAACGUGGCCCCAUGUGCUCCCCGCUCCUGCGUGUCCCCCUGGGGUCCGAGGCCCGGGCCCCCCGCCCUCUGACCCCCGUCAGUGCCUCACAAGGGCUGGCAUGACAAAGAUCGACUUUUUCCCUCUUCUUAAUAGAGAAGACAGUAAUUCCCACAUUUCUCAUUUGGUGAUGGUGUUGUGGCCUUGGGUUUCUCCUAGUAUUUGCUUCUGAUGAAUAAUUAUGUUCUGCACAUAGAAAGGUGAGAUUAAGUAUUGCUGAAUUUUCAGUUACGUUGUCGUGUGAAGAGCUGCUCGCGACCGUGGUCACGGACCCGCGGGAGGAGGACCCCACACCGGCCCCCCCACCGCGGGUCCGCGCCUCGCGGCUUCCCAAACGCAUCCCGAACUCGCGCGUUGCUGUGGUGAUCAGUCCUGUGAAAUUCUGGGGAAUCUAUGCCAAUGAAAAAUGUUCCUAGUUCUGCCUGUUCUUCCACAAGGACCCGCUGCCGCUCGGCGGCCACCCUCUGCCUUUUUUAUACUCACCUGAACGAUGACCCAUCUUCAUCUCCUGCUUGCUGGAAAUCUUGCCGAAAAUGUCCUCAGUCCCUCUGUGUUGCUGUGUGGGUUCGGGUGGGGUGUGUGUUAGCUCUGCCGUGUUUAUUCACAAUUUGUACAUUAUCUGUCGUCCUUUCCUACUGUACACAGUAAAUAUAGUUUGGUAUUCUGUC